CGACAAGUUAUGUUUGCCAAGGCAACCGCAAACUUUGUCCGUCAGAUCGACCCGGAUGGAACUCUGAUCUCUGUCUCCCGCCUUAACGACUCAGACAAAUUGGUUCCCAUGGCACUGGUCGUCAAGCGCAACCGUUUCUGGUUCUGGCAACAGCCCAAGUACCAGCCCUCUGGCUUCACACUCAGUCACCUGUUGUUAGGAGACAAAGAGCUCACUCCAGACGUGUCUGAGUCAGACUUCCUGUCCUAUGAGGGGAGGUUUGGAGACAACCUGAGUGGGAAGCUGGACGCCAAGGCUGGGAACGUCAGUGUCAACUUGGAGGGGGGGGGCUCCUCCAAGCUCCAAUCAUCAUUCAGCAAGCUGAAGAAGCAGGAUGUUGAUGUACAGAAGCUACUGCUAGCCUCCAAUGACAGGGUGGUGGACAUGCAGCACGUUCUAGUGCAGCAGUGUCAGAAGCAUACAGAGGUGUUUGCUGUGUUGAAGGAGAGGGUCCUAACCACCACCCCCUGCUCCAUCUCAGAACAGGUCCAGGAACAGGGCACCUGCCAGAGGGUUCUGGGACUACUGGGCAACCUGGGGACACAUGCUGUACAGGAGAAUGGCAGUAUAGAGAUGGACAGUAACAUUUCCUUGGAGAUUCCCCCUCUCACUGUCAUCGCCUACAGCCUCAUAGAGCUAGAGGUCAGGAAAGACGGACACUAUGAGCUGUGUCUCCAGCAUGGUACUCUGGGAGGAUUCGAGGCAGACUCUGGGAGGACCUCGCCGUCCCAGGAUUCCUUUGAUGCCCUGUGUGUAGUGGACGGGCUGGAGUGGACGGAGAAGGAGAUUCCUGAAGGAGCACCACUCGGCACACUGCAGAAUAACUUGCAGGGGUUGGACUUGGAGGUCUAUGCAGGUCAGUUAGCAGUUCUCCCAGAGUCGACCCGGUUAGCUCUGUUCCAAAGACUCCUGGAGGUUCUAGUGGACAGAACCACACUCUCGGUUCUGGAACACAUGUUGGAGGGGUUGUGCAGAGGUGAGGAACCUGACCCUGCAGAGGUAAAGCAAUUAGCUGUGACUCAAAACAAAUCUGUUUUCGCCCUAUUGGACCUGGUCCAGAAAGGCCCAACCAAUGAGAUACAGGCUGACAGAGCCUCCGCCUCCCCUCACCUGACCGCCACUCAUCUGCUGGUCAGCGCCUUGGAGGCGUUGCCUGAAGCUGCUCUGACUCUGCUGGGAGAAUCUAGCCCUGAUGUCCUGGAAGCUCUCAACACUCUGGUGACCAAGCUAAAGGUAAACAGUCAGUCCCUCCCCCUUGAGUCGCUGCCCCUCCCCCUACAGGAUGAGGGGGCAUUCCAUUGGGCAGAGCAGCUCCUCUUCUCCUCCAAAGUGAUGCUGCGGAGAGAGACUGACAGGCUGUGGGCGGAGACAGGAAGAAAGCCAGGAGUUUUUCCAUUGGUCAUGUGCAUCGCUGUGCAAGGACUGACAUCUCUGUAUGCUGGGAAAGGUAGCAUGCAUAGAUGGAUGGAUGAGUAUGUUUAAAAUGUAUUACAUUUGAUAAAUUCAAGUGCAUUGCUUGUGUGUUUGCCCUAUAUACAGUCAUGGCCAAAAGUUUUGAGAAUGACACAAAUAUCAAUUUCCACAAAGUUUGCUGCUUCAGUGUCUUUAG